UGGACACAUAAUUUAUAAUAUAAUUACGUGCUCCGGUAGAUAAAGUUGUUUAUUUCAAUUCCGCUCUUCAACGUAACUUGACUGGACGCGCAGUUCCAACUCGCAUCCCAGGAAAUGUCGCUCUGGGGUUGGUAUACCGAUCCUAGUCCAUGGCAGGUCGUCUUGCAGUCCGACCCCUUUCAGUCUCUCGACUUCCACCUGAUAAGCCAUGGCAAUACAGUGUGGCACAGUACACUCAUGAUUCCAGCAUAUUUUGCUGCUGCAUCCGCGCUUCUUCUCUUGCUACAUUUAAUCACGCUAUCUAAGCCAGUCAAAAAGCUUUGGUCGCGCUUUCUGCCCCCUAAGGCCGAGGAAGAACCGAGCGCUUUCUUUGACGAACCUACUAUAGCUGAUGGAUUUUUCUCUGAGGCUAAAGUAUUCAUCUCUCAACAUGGUGGUUGGGUCAUUUUUGCAUACAAGUUUGCAAGAUUUAUUGGUUGUCUUGCGUUUUUGGGACUGUCGUUGGCUACUUUCAUAUUAGACGAACGUGAGGAGCACGCGAACGGAGCGAACAAGCUGUCGAAAGGAAAGCAUCGCAAGCCCCGUCACUCCGAUGGCUACAUUCCGUUCUCUCGCGCUGAGUGGUUGCAAUUCGCCUUGUGCAUGACUGCUGCUUAUGCAUCAAUUCUCGGGCUCAUUUCAGUUACUACCAAACCCCGAUGGAGCAGGCUGGUGUCCAAUCACUUGGCCACUCUUCUCUUUGCAGUCUUUGCGGUCUUUGCGUAUCGGGAUUUGUGGCCCCUCAUUACCUUCAAUAAACAACCCAAAGACCUUGAAGAAGGAGGCUUAUUGUGGGCGAAAGUGACCGUCCUUUUUUUGUCAAGCAUCGUAUUCCCUCUCUUGAGCCCAAGACAAUAUAUUCCAGUAGACCCUGCGAACCCCACUGAGAGCCCUCACCCCGAACAAACUUCUUCUUGGCUAUCUAUGAUCUUGUAUACCUGGCUGGACCCCAUCGUCUUCAAAGCGUAUCGUGUUCCCCACCUGUCGCACGAAGAACUUCCCCCGCUGGCCGACCAUGAUCAUUCCAGGAAUCUCAAAAAGAAGAGUUUCCUCCACAUUGACCCCUUCUCCGGGAGUCAGAAGCGACACAUCUUCUUCGGUCUCAUGAAGACGUUCCGUGUUGAGUAUAUAGUUUUGGCUUUAAUGAUCGUUCUCCAGGUGCUGGCAAAACUAGCCGCUCCCGUUGGAAUUAAUCAACUUUUGCUUUAUGUCGAAACGAAAGGCGAGGGUGCUGUGGUUCGUCCGUGGGUCUGGAUAUCCUGGCUGUUCUUGGGGCCACUUAUUGGUUCCUUGGCAUGGCAAUGGUAUAUUUACAUCGCGACACGUGCGCUCGUGCACACGGAGGGUAUUCUCACCCAACUGGUCUUCGAGCAUGCGCUCCGAAUCCGAAUGAAGGCUGAGCUCCCCGAUGACGGCAAGAAGUCUGGGGAGUCUACGGCACCAUCUACGCCAGAUAGUGCAUCUGUAGCUGGAUCUAGCACUGCCGCCGCAGACGAAAGUACAGAUGGCAGUGGCGACGAGACGCUGCACGCCAGUGCCGAGACCUUAUCAAUAUCCUCCACCAAGAAAGGCAAGCAAAAAGCCCAGGAUGUCAAGGAAGAACUGGACAAGUCAAAAAAGCACUCGAGCGCUGACAACCUUGUUGGGAAAAUUAACAACCUUGUCACAACUGACUUGAGCAAUAUUACCGAUGGACGAGAUUUCCUCAUGGUCGCGUUGUACAUGCCACUUCAAGUAGGCAUGUGCAUUUGGUUCUUGUACGAAAUUCUUGGUUGGAGUGCCUUUGUUGGCUUGGCUGUUAUGGUUCUCUUGUUCCCUCUUCCUGGGUACGUUGCCCAGAAGAUUCAAAAGGUGCAAGUAGAGAAAAUGCACAAGACGGAUGCCCGGGUGCAAACAGUGACCGAAACUAUGAAUGUUCUGCGUAUGAUCAAGCUUUUCGGAUGGGAAGAGAAAAUAGACACUAGGAUCAGCGAGAAACGAGAAGUAGAACUUGUCUGGACAUGGAAGACGAAGAUCUUAGAACUGCUAAACAACAACUUGAACUACGUAAUUCCCCUGUUUACCAUGAUGGCUUCUUACAUGUCAUUCCUUCAUAGUGUGAUUCACUUGAUUAGAGUAACUGAUGUCGUUCCUCUGGCAGUCUUUGACAUCCUAAGAGAUCAGCUGAACAUAGUGUUCUUCUCCAUCCCAAGAUUUACUCAAGCCAAAGUAUCGCUGGAUCGUGUCAAUAGUUUCCUGGUUGAUACAGAACUAUUGGAUGCACACACACAGCAGGACGAGGACAAAGUUCAGCUCUUUGUCCAGCCGGAAGAAGAAUCUGACCUCAUCGGCUUCAGAGACGCUGUCUUUGCAUGGUCCAACGAUUCCGGUGGGUCGCUGACACCGUCGAAGCGCAAGUUCAGACUUCGCAUCGAUGGUGAGAUGUACUUCCAACACGGUCGUAUCAACCUUGUCGUCGGACCGACAGGUUCUGGUAAGACCUCAGUGCUCAUGGCUUUGCUCGGCGAGAUGCACUUUACGCCCUCUGGUCCGACAUCUUGGUUUAACCUCCCUCGCAAAGGCGGUGUAGCUUAUGCUGCACAAGAGUCCUGGGUCCAAAAUGAAACCAUUCGGGACAACAUCCUUUUCGGCGCGCCCUAUGAUGAAAACCGAUACAAGACAGUCUUGCACCAGUGUGCUCUGGAGCGAGACCUUACUUUGUUCGAAGCGGGCGACCAAACGGAAGUCGGAGAAAAGGGUCUUACGCUAAGAGCUAUAUAUUCUUCGGCAAACACGUUGCUGCUUGAUGAUGUUUUGGCCGCUUUGGAUGUCCACACGUCCAAGUGGAUUGUAGACAAGUGUUUCGCCGGAGAUCUCGUCAAAGAUCGAACAAUUAUCCUUGUGACGCAUAACGUUGCUAUGGCGAGCUCUAUAGCGCACUUCGUCGUGUCUCUGGGUUCCAACGGACGGAUUGUCAGCCAUGGGUCAAUAUCGGAGACCAUUGCAAAGGACGACAAGUUUGCAGCGGAAGUGGCAAAAGAACAGGAAGUCCUUGCUAAAGAGGCCCAGGUCAUGGACACUCUAGAAGAACCGAAGGGUGAUGCGGCGAAGUCCGACGGCAAGUUGGUAAUGUCUGAGGAAAUUGCAGAGGGCCAUGUUUCCUGGCCAGCUUUCAAGCUCUACCUGACCGGCUUGGGGGGGAACUAUCCUAUGACGUUCUGGGUCGCGUUCUUGGCUCUGAUGGGGUUGACGGACGUCACUAACACUGUGCAAACCUGGUUCCUGGGGUACUGGGCAUCUCAAUACGAACGCCAGCUACCCUCGGAGGUCAAUGUUAAAUUUUAUCUCUCUGUAUAUGCCUUGAUCAUGGCCUCUGGUUGUCUAAUGUAUUCGAGUGGGUACUACAUGUACUAUCGGGGUUCAAUGCGGGCGUCGCGGACCAUCCACAAGAAACUCGUUCAAUCUGUACUCGGAACAACGCUAAGAUGGCUGGACACGACACCUACAUCUCGGGUCAUCACCCGGUGCACACAGGACAUAAGAGCCAUUGAUGGUCCGUUUGCACAGGGAAUUGGUUGGGUCGUCGAACUUUCCUUGACCAUGAUCGUGAAACUCGGAGCCGUUGUGGCCAUGACUCCUAUCUUCAUGGCGCCCGGACUCUUUAUCGGCUUGCUAGGUGGAUGGAUUGGUCGCAUCUACAUGAAAGCUCAGCUAUCAGUCAAGCGAGAGAUGAGCAACGCGAAAGCACCAGUCCUUGGUCACUUCGGGGCUGCUAUCGCAGGACUUACAUCGAUUCGUGCGUACGGUGCAGAGGAGGCAUUCAAACAAGAAUCUCUUAAUCGCAUCGACCGCUACACCAAAUCAGCACGCAUGUUCUAUAACUUGAAUCGUUGGGUUUGUGUCCGUAUUGAUGUUAUCGGUGGUGGAUUCUCGGCUGGUCUUGCCGCUUAUCUCGUGUAUGGUCGCGGAGUUCAUGAGGCGUCGAACAUUGGGUUCUCUCUGAACAUGGCAGUCGGUUUCAGCUCCAUGAUCCUUUGGUGGGUUCGUAUCCUCAACGAAGUGGAAGUCAGCGGUAAGCUACUUCCUCGUCCCACUCCUUAUGUUUUGGAACGGAUCGAUAGUUAUAUCAAGAUUGAACAGGAGCCUAAACCUACCGAAGGCGGCCAGCCGCCUGCGUACUGGCCUGCAAGCGGUGAUAUCCGCGUAGAAAAUCUGUCAGCCCGCUACUCAUCGGAUGGACCUAAAGUUUUGCAGGACCUGUCCUUCCACAUCAAAUCGGGUGAACGCGUUGGUAUCGUCGGGCGAACUGGAAGCGGAAAGAGUUCCUUGACGCUUUCGCUCCUUCGCUGCAUUUUCACAGAAGGCGAUGUUUAUUAUGAUGGGAUUCCGACAAGCGGGAUCAAUUUGAAUGCUCUGCGGUCCAACGUGACUAUCAUACCUCAGAUUCCCGAGCUCCUGAGUGGAACCCUCCGUCAGAACUUAGAUCUCUUCGAUCAGCACGAUGAUGCGGUGCUGUACGAUGCUUUACGUGCUGCCGGACUCUUUUCCGUCCAAGACGAGUCUGAGGAGGCGAGAUUGACAUUAGACAGUACGAUUGCAAGCGGAGGAGGGAAUCUAUCGGUUGGUCAACGCCAAAUCUUGGCUCUGGCUAGAGCUAUGGUCCGCGGAAGCAAACUACUUAUACUGGAUGAGGCAACUUCCGCUAUUGAUUAUAAGACCGAUUCAGCCAUCCAAUCCUCUCUCCGCAAUGAGUUGCAUAACGUUACCCAGAUUAUCGUUGCACAUCGGCUGCAGACGAUCAUUGAUGCUGACAAGAUUGUUGAAUUCGGUAGCCCAUGGGAACUGUUGCAAAAUGAGCAGGGUAUGUUGCGUGCUCUCGUGGAUGAGUCUGGGGACAAAGAAGCAUUAUACGCGGCGGCUCACAGCAAGCCACUAGUUGAAGGGGAAAGUUUGUAGACGUCUAUGAUCUAAUUAUACCUGCUGAAGUGGAACUCACCAAAACUUUAUAUACCGCGUCAAAUAUUUAUAAUUUCUGCCAAGU